AUGUCUGAGGAUAGAGGUAACCAGUCUACUAUUAAGUUUACUGUGAGUAAAGACUCAGAAGAGAUAGCUGUCGAGGCUUUGGAUAAGCUGCGAAACGGUGAUUACAGUGUUACACCGAGUGGCAGCGAGAGCAGUGGUAAAAGUGAGAGACUACUAGAUAAGAUGAAGCAGAGUGCCGUUGAUUUAUAUGAGCAGACACGUACGAACCAUCCAAAAUUAAUCAGAAGGGCGGACCGGCUGGUGAAGAAGAUCGAAAAAACUUCUGGGAUAUGGAUCGGCGCUGCGAAAAGAAAGAUAGAUGAGGUGGAUACACAAAGCAACGGCGAUGAUGAUGACAGCGAUGAUGCUUGUGUUCAUGGUUUGGAUAUAGAACAUAUUAAGGUCCAAGGGAAAGAGAUUUGUGUUACGGGAAAAGAACGUGGAUCGAAACGGAGACGGAUUAAGGAAAACUUGAAGGAAUAUCAGUUGAAUAUGUCAAUCGAAUCGAAGAAGCGGCUAAUGACAUGCCUAGGAUUAUUGAAACUAGCCAAUAAACAAUUAUCGCAAAGGGUGAUGUCUCUUCAAGAUGUAGUGAAAAAGGAGCAACUACGACGUCGGUCACCUUUACCAAUCAGCAGCUCGAUAGAUGCUGAAGUACGACCACGGAACCAUUGCUCGGUGAGGGAAACUACUUCAUCAGCUGAACAUCCGGGGCACGAUCGUGAUGAAGAAGAAGACGAGCAGUUCUUUGAUGCGUCAUCCCAGCUUAAUGAGCAAGCGGGUAAUCGAAAGCAAGAUGAUACAAACAAAGAACAAGAAGAUUUAGAUAUUGAUGCUGCUGCAAAUGAUAUCCAGUUGGAAGUGGUCGGUACGUUGAAAAAAGUUUACUCUGUUGUAUCAAGAUUUACAGGAAACUCUUUACCAGAACCUGCUAGGUCCCAGGUUCGAGAAUCUUUACUAAAACUACCAACAAAGUGGAUGAUCAAUUCCGAAAAACCUAACUCCAAAAGAAUCUCCUCCAAUAAGAGAGCCUUACUUCUUGCCCAGGAAGCACUAGAUAUGGUCGGGAAUGUUAUGAACGUGGUCGAUGGCACUUUAGGGAAAGCUGAGGAAUGGGUCAAAAACAAACAGGAACUGAAGCAAAUGCUGAUGGAACAGUUCAGACAUGAGCAGUUAAAGCAACAAGUAAAACAUCAACUUACAAAGGAAAGCGCCUCAUCUACCCCUUCAAACGCUUGA